AUGUCGACUUGGGGCGAAUAUUUCAGAGUCACCACCUAUGGUGAAUCGCAUUGCCGCUCUGUCGGCUGUAUCGUCGAUGGCUGUCCCCCAGGGAUGGAACUCACGGAGGAUGAUAUCCAGCCUCAGAUGACCCGCCGCAGACCGGGCCAGAGUGCUCUCACGACUCCCAGAAAUGAGAAGGACAGAGUUGAGAUCCAGUCCGGGACAGAGUUUGGCGUCACUCUCGGAACACCUAUCGGUAUGAUCGUCCGUAACGAGGAUCAGAGGCCGAAGGACUACGGAAACAGCACCAUGGACCUCUACCCGCGACCCAGCCAUGCGGAUUUCACUUACCUGGAGAAGUACGGUGUCAAGGCCAGCAGCGGUGGAGGACGGAGUAGUGCGCGUGAGACCAUCGGUCGUGUCGCUGCUGGUGCCAUUGCGGAGAAGUACCUGAAGCUGGCUCACAACGUCGAGAUCGUGGCAUUCGUCUCUUCCGUGGGCAAUGAAUACCUCUUCCCUCCUACCCCCGAACAUCCUUCGUCUUCAACAAACCCGGAGUUUUUGAAGCUCAUCGAAAAGAUCGACCGCCAAACUGUCGACUCCUUUGCACCAGUCCGCUGCCCCAACAAGGAGGCAUCUGACCGAAUGCAAAAGGUGAUUGAGACUUUCCGUGACAACCAGGACAGCAUCGGAGGAACCGUGACUUGCGUGAUCAGAAACGUGCCAGUCGGUCUCGGCGAGCCUUGCUUCGACAAGCUGGAGGCUAAGCUGGCCCACGCCAUGCUCAGUAUUCCAGCUACCAAGGGAUUUGAAAUUGGAUCUGGUUUCGGGGGCUGUGAGGUUGCUGGAUCUAUUCACAAUGAUCCCUUCAUCGUUGCACCUGAGGUUGCCGAGAACGAGGCGGGUGCAGGUACCGGAAAGAAGCCGCGCUUGACGACUAAGACCAACAACUCUGGCGGUAUCCAAGGUGGUAUCUCGAACGGCGCAUCGAUCUACUUCCGUGUUGCCUUCAAGCCUCCUGCGACUAUCGGCCAGGCUCAAACCACUGCCACCUACGAUCUUGAGGAGGGCGUGUUGGAGGCCAAGGGACGACAUGAUCCUUGCGUUGUCCCACGUGCUGUCCCGAUUGUCGAGGCGAUGUCUUCACUCGUUAUCAUUGACGCCUUGAUGGCUCAGAAUGCAAGGGAAGCUGCCAGGAACCGGCUGCCCCCGUUGUCCAAGACUGUCCCGGUCAGACCUACUACGGAAAAGUGA